GAGCAACCAACGUCACCGUCGCACAUGACCGCGCUACGCGGGUUCGACGAAGCAUCCUUUGGUCGAUCUUAAUCCAACGCCGCAUGACUCCGCGUGUAUAUGCGUGAAGAACCUCGUGUGCGUGAGGCGGGCCGCACCGUUCAUCUCGCAGAGUCGACGGCGGCAAAGCCACCCGACACUCCUGCCCUCGCGUACCGGCACGACAAAUCCACCUCCACUUCUGCAGUUCAUGGGGGUGGUGAAAUAGAGUAUCACCUCAGCUCGCCUUCUCUUUGGCACUUGCUCUUUCUUCUUGGCACACCCAUCCUCUGCUUUCUCAACGGCUGUUCGUACUACCUCUAUUGGCGUUCUCGAUAUUUGGAGGCAGCGGCAGCGCCGCACAACGCAGCGUCUGGCUCAAGCACUCCUUCAUCACCCUUUCUCUCUGCCUCGCCGAUUGUACUGACGUCAAGCGCUUCCUCCAUAGCCCCGCGUGCGUUUUACGGGGUCACGGCUGGCUUUGCCUUUUCUUUUGUAUUCUCCCAGUGGGUAGUUCAAGAGUCGGUUUGCGUGUUCAUUCGCGUGCACACGGAGCGACAGCGCGCUGCAAGUUUUCGCCGAUGCGGGCUUCUGUUUGUCGCCGCGUUUCUUCCCUCCACCGUGGCGCAGAUGGUGCUGAUUGGUCAGGACUACCACCUUCUCCACGACCAAACCCGGCUGCUGCGUCUUGUAGCUGCGAGUAGCGACAACGGAACUCCCUCUGCCGUGCGAGCUCUCCUUUUCUCCGCCUCCCACGGUUAUGUCGCGCUGUGGAUCGUGACCUUCUUUCUCACGAUGCUGUCCGUGGUGGUGAUGGUGAGCGCAAUGUGGACCGACGCCGCAGUGUCUCUGCUACAGCGUAGAGUGUUUGCUGCUUUCCUGCGAGGAAGGCCGCGCAGGCAACGGGUGGAAGACUAG